AUGGGUAAGCUUACAACAUUCACCAUAGUCGCUACAUCCGCAUUGGUAGCCUACUGCGCCUACUUUGACUACAACAGAAGAACAUCUCCUGAAUUUAGAAAGGCCUUGAAGAAGAGAGCCGCAGAAACAAACAAGUUGGAGCAAAAGAAGAAAGAAGAAUCCAAAAAGAGUAAAAUGGAAGCAGUCAAAGCUGCUCUUGCUUCAGAUAUCGACUUGCCCACCGAUAUCGGUGAAAAGGAAAAUUUUUUCAUGACCCAAGUAGCCAUUGGUGAACAAUUGAGUGUUGCUGGAAAGGAAGUUGAAGCUGCCUUGUCUUUCUAUAAGGCUUUAUCUAUUUACCCUAACCCAACUGAUCUUUUAGGUAUUUACCAAAAAUCUGUACCUGAAGGUGUUUAUGAGUUGAUUGUAAUGAUGAUUGCUGUUAAGCCUCCAGCUUCUUUAUCCUCCAUUUUAGGCAAUGCUGCUGCAGCUGACAUUGCAGCUGAACCUGUUGCUCCUGCUCAAGCUACUGAAGCUGAUUUGGAUUAG